AUCGAUCCAACAGUUGUGAGAGAAACCGGUUACGUUCACGCAUCCUCCAAUUUCAAUUUAAGUGGCGACGCGAUACCUUCGCUUCUUUCUCUCUCUAAACACACGUUUCUCUUUUAACUUGUCUCUAUCGCCCCCUCUCCUCUGCAUCCUUCCCAAGAUUGACUGAUUGAUCUUCAUGAAUUCAACAACUACUGGACCAUCUACCGUUUCCUGCAAAUCGGGAAACAAGAACAUCUUCUUCUGGAUUCUUUUCUGCCUAUUGCCUAAGUUUCUCGGGACUCCUAUUACAUACGUUAACUUCCUUCUCAUUAAGGCCAUUGACAGAAGCCCAUCGGCAGAACCUGUCUUUGUGACUUGCAGAGAAUUCACCUUGUAGCUGUUGGAAAUUUGGCCAACUGCAGCAUUCACGCGGACUGAUAUAUUUAGCUAUCUGCAGUUGGCAUUUAAAUAUAGUCCCUAACAUGGUUUCCUCUCAAUUUUCUGAGUUGUCCAAGGCUCACAUGUGCAAACCAUUCCGCAGCCAGUUGCUUUUUACUGAGAACCCUCCACCUCCAGAUGCUCUAGUGUCAGAUGUUGAGCUAGAUUUUGCUGAUGUCUUUGGUCCCUUACCAGUUCAGACAUCAACUGAAGUGAAUUCUGGCGAUUUGGCAAAUCCUUUGUCUGGGGCAGAUGUUACUGAGCUUAUUUAUGAUGAUCCUGUUGUCAUUCACAACCGAUCGCAUUCACUAGUUGGUCCUUCUUCUUUUGUUAGCCAUUCCUUGAAGCUCAAUAAACUCACUUUACAUGAGACAGAGGAUUCAAUGGAACUACUGGAGCUUGAUGAGUCAUCCUUAGAUGACGACAAUAGUGAGAAAGCUACUGAUGAUGUGAGUGGAGAUGCUUUGGAGGUCCGUAGUGUAGGCAUUGAAGAUUUUGAGGUUUUGAAAGUUGUUGGGCAGGGUGCAUUUGGGAAAGUCUAUCAGGUUAAGAAAAAAGGUACGUCGGAAAUAUAUGCGAUGAAAGUCAUGCGGAAGGACAAGAUAGUGGAGAAGAAUCACGUUGAAUACAUGAAAGCAGAGAGGGAUAUUUUGACCAAAGUUGAUCAUCCCUUUAUUGUCCAGCUCAAGUACUCCUUCCAGACCAAAUAUAGAUUGUACCUUAUUUUGGACUUCAUUAAUGGCGGUCACCUCUUUUUUCAACUCUAUCACCAAGGCCUUUUCAGGGAGGAUCUGGCUCGUAUAUAUGCUGCUGAGAUAGUUUCUGCGGUUUGCCACCUUCAUGCAAAUGGCAUAAUGCAUAGGGAUCUAAAACCUGAAAAUAUCCUACUGGAUGCUGAUGGUCAUGUAAUGUUGACUGAUUUUGGCCUGGCAAAACAAUUCGACGAAAAUACACGAUCAAACUCCAUGUGUGGAACUGUUGAGUACAUGGCACCUGAAAUUGUUCUUGGAAGGGGCCAUGACAAGGCUGCAGAUUGGUGGAGUGUGGGAGUUUUAUUGUAUGAGAUGCUGACUGGAAAGCCUCCUUUUAUUGGUGGGAACAGGGAGAAAAUUCAACAAAAGAUUGUGAAGGAUAAGAUGAAGCUACCAGCCUUUUUGUCAAGUGAAGCACAUUCUUUGUUGAAAGGGCUGCUACAAAAGGAUGUCAGCAAGCGCCUAGGGAAUGGACCUACAGGAGGCGAGGAAAUUAAGCGUCACAAGUGGUUGAAGCCAAUAAACUGGAAAAAAUUGGAUGCAAGAGAAAUCCAGCCCAGUUUCCGUCCACAGGUAGCUGGGAAGCACUGCAUUGCAAACUUUGAGAAACGAUGGACUGAUAUGCCACUGUCAGAUUCUCCAGCUGCUAGCCCCAAGAGUAAUGUGAACCCUUUUGUCAACUUCAGUUAUGUAAGGCCUGCGGCUUUUUUCCUUCAAAAGAACAGCUCGGUGUACUAGCCUGCUGUUUCUAUCUUCCCAGACACAGCAUGAAUUUUCAGUGGUUUAUACAGGAAGUCUCUACUUAAUUUUGUUGCAAGAAACGCUUUGCCAUCUGUCGAAUUUUAUUGGAUAUUUCUACUUUAAUUGUCGUCACGUGUGUUAUUUUCUUUCA